GUUACAUGUAACUCCCAAGUGAGCAUCUAAUGUGGUAGGCCAUUGGUCAUCCAAAUAUUAAUAUUUACAUAAUAAAUAUAUCUAUUUGAAUAAUCUCAGUUUCCUGAUUACAUUAGUAUGCGGCCCAUUUAAUGCAGGACCAGACUGGGAAUUACCUCAGCAAGCCCAGCGUCAUGGCCCAGCGCGGUAAAACCGGUAAAUAAGUAAAUAACCCUCUGGACGUCCGGACACAAUCUUACGUUACGCCAGUACGCCGCCACCACCGGCGCGCAACCACACUGAUCGCCGGACUGCGAGCACAAGAAGGAAGCGAUUUCACCAAUCGCUGGACGGCGUAGAGAAGACAAAGCUCCGUGACGCCUAAGUAUCGAGGUAGCAGCCUCUCUUCAGUUGUGGUAGAACACGGAUUACUGUUUCAGGUUUCUGAUUGAUUCUGUAAUUCGGUAGGCGAAUGGUUAGGGAUUUGAAAGAAUCAGGAGGAGGAGAAGAAGAUGGCGAAGACAGAAUCUCCGACCUUCCGGAUCAAAUCAUUCACAUCAUCCUUAAUCGUCUGAAAUCUCCAGAUGCAGCUGCGAGAACCAGCGUGCUGUCGAGAAGAUGGUUCCAACUGUGGCGAGGUUACCCUUCCUUUGGGUUCCCGCCCUCCAAAUCAGACGAGAGUCGGUUCCGCAGCUUCGUCGAAUCCUGUUUUAGGAAGCUCCCGCCAACAAAGCCAUCGGAUUCUGACCACAUCAGCGGUGGUUGCCGUGCAGGUGUAACGGCAAUUCAGGAUUUCAGUAUCUCACUUCGUGAGGGUGAUUUUGGGAAAGAGGACCUGGACCGGUUGCUCUUGUUUGUCACCAGUAAUCCCAGUUUCUUAUCUCCAGUUCACUUUGAUCUUUGUAUCAGGGACAUCGAAUGGAAUCGCCGCUACAGUCUGCCUGUUUCGAAUUGGAGUGGCAUGAAAUCUGUCAGCCUCAGUGGUUUCUAUGUCACCCAUGUUGUUACUGCUGAUGAUGCUUCUCUGGGCAGCCUUGAGUCGCUCUGUCUUGACAAUGUCACUCUCAGCAAUGAACUUCUCCACAGUUUACUGCGUAAUGCUCCUCGACUCGUAUCGUUGAGUAUGCAUCGAGUAUUUGGGAUUGAUAAGCUGGAGGUAGUCUCUUCUCCUCUCCUGCAGCGUUUGUUUUUGAGUGAUAUAUAUACCAUUGGAAAGAAAGAUCGCAUUGGCGAAAUGAGGAGGCUAAGGAUUUUGUCUCCAAGUCUCUUGAGCUUGUCGUUGUGCUCAGGGUUGAAGAAGCUUGAUAUUGAUGCUCCUAACUUGGUCAGUCUCUCUUGGACUGUUUAUUCUGGUGACCCAUCUACGAGGGUCAAUGUUAUCAAUUUGGCAUCCAACUGCCGGUGUACAGUUCAUGUGCAGUCAUAUGUGGGAAUUGAACCGCAAUGGUUGAGGCUGUUCCUCUCCACCAACUUCAUUCGAUUCCACCAUCUGAGCUUGGUUUCCAACUUUCGGUUUCGGCCAUCACGACAACAGGUGCCGGUGGACUUAACCGACGACGACGACUAUGCUUUCCUACCUCCAAUGAUCGAUCAAGUGCAAUAUGAGCCCCUUUGGUGGGAUAUUCGUGACACAGAGAAGGCUGCAGCUUUUUUAAGUCAUUUGUUCUGGGUCUGUCGUCCUAAGUUCAUGUCGAUAGCUAAAUGGAGUGUCAGCUUGAUUGCUGAGUGCAUGUGUCGCGAGUAUUUGAAGAUAGAUGGUCCUAAGGAUGUGACUAAUCAUGAUGUGAAUUCCCCUACUUCCUGGAGCCAUGAUCUGAAAGAUAUGAAGAUAGAGAAUGAUACUACUGGUGAAAUGAUGGAGAUCUCCGAAGAUAUGAUUCCUUCCCUUGCGAAGCUAGAGAAGGUUAAGUUCAUGCUGAUAUGGUUUUAAUUUAAGUUUUACUUUUUUUUGGGUAGAAAGAGUGACGCAAAUUGCGUCUAUAUCAUAUUAACUAAACGUUCAUGGGAUGUUCCCAUUACAUCAUGACAAAGCCAUUGAAAUAAACCAGAAUCUCUCACAUUGAGAUUGUGUCUACCAAAAGGGAAAUCAUGGCCGAGAUUUGCCAAGUAGUCGGCUGCAAAAUUGGUCUCUCUGUACCCGUGAUCAAUUUUAACCUCCCAUUCAAUGUCGAGGAGCUGUCUGAAUUGGCGAGCAAUACUGCCAUGUCUGUGAUCUUCAUUCUCUCUGUUUCUUAUGACCUCAAUUGCUGUAGUGGAGUCCAUCUUGAGGUGAACCUUUCGAUAGCCCCUGUUCCAAGCAAUCUUUAGUCCCUCAACAACACCUUUUACUUAAGUUUUGAAAGCUUUCAUAAAUGUCAUGGUGGUGCAAGUUGUUCUUUGGAACAUGUUGGUCGAUAUUAGACUCCAUGGAGCUGGAGAUGCAGCACUUAAAAGGGCUGAGUCAUCUGGUCUUCUGAUUUUUGUAAGAAGGCUAACUUUUGAGCCUAGUGCAUUAAUGGAUUUGAAUUUAUUUGCGACGUUAAAUAUUUAGUUAACCGUUGGAGGAUCGAGGCAGCAAUUUUUUUGCUAACGACAAAAAUCUCCCGAAUUCCCGAUGAAAUCUUUCACACCAUCUGUUAUUGUUUAAAUUUGUCUUAAACUAACAGGUUCCAAUAACUGAUAUCGUGCUUGGACUUACUCGGAGUUACGAUCACAGGAAACAAAAAUUCAAGAGUCAA